UUUAUGCAAAAGAGAAACAUUAAUUUGAUCAGAUUGAGAAAAUGAACAAAAAUCUGUAAACAAGAUGAGUAGCAGAUCGGGAAAGAAUCAAACAACGUUGUCAUCACCGACAACAACGAGGAUGGACAAAGAGAUUGACACGUUUCUCAAGAAGCUCUCAUUUGGUGCCAUAGCCAUUGCUUCCCUCACCCUCCUCUCCCUCUUCCUCCACACCCCCGACACCUGCAUCCCCACCCACGCGCCACCGCAUCCCCACCUCCGUUUCCCCAAGUCCACCUGCGACUACCCUCCCACGCGCCCCCACCUCCCCCUCCACAAGAAGAAUCACCGCCUCUGGUCCUCACGCGCCUGGAACACCACCGUGCAUUCCUUCUCCCUCAUCCUCCUCCCCCUCCGCCACCUCGGCCUCCUCCGCAACCACUCCAGGGCACUCUGCGUCUCCGCCGGAGCCGGCCACGAGGUCGCCGCGCUCUCCCUUCUCGGCGUUGAGGAUGUCACCGGCGUUGAGCUUCUUGACUCCCCGCCACUCGUCAGCCGCGCCGACCCUCACAACCUCCCGUUUUUUGACGAAGCCUUCGACCUUGCCUUCACCGCGCGGUUUGAUGAGGCCCUCUUCCCGGCGCGAUUCGCUGCUGAGAUGGAGCGCGUGGUGAGGCCCGGCGGCGCGUGUUACGUCCUCGUCGGGGAGUGUGGGAUUAGUGAGGUGAUGGAAGUUGUGCGUUUGUUUAGGAAUUCGAAGCUUGUUAGCUCAGACAAAGUUACUUUAAGUGGAAUGAGAAUGACCAGUAUUCUAAUGAGAACUAGACAAUCUACUUCCUGAUGAUUGAUGUUUAGAUUUUCAAUUGUUGUUGAUAUUGUUCAAUUUAUGUAUGUAUGAUUCUUAUUUGAUUUCAUGUGGUUUUGGAUGCAUUUCUAGUUUUAUAUAUGUAUGUACAACUGGUGUUAUGGUUUUUAGAGUGAAUCAGGUAUAAAGUGAACAUUUUCAUUGGCA